CAAAGGAGCUGGGCGGAAACUACGCCGGAGCGGCGGCGCGCGAAGAGGGCGGGGACUGAGGAGCGUCAGGGGCCAAUCACAAGCGGAGGGAUGCGUUUCCAUGGGAACGCCAGAAUCUCGCCAGUAAAACCCUCGGCCUUUCCCAAGCGGUGUCCCCGCCCCAUCCUUCCCCCCCCUUUUCCUGUACCUUCCUCAUUUCCCUCCCCGCCCCCUUUCCCCUCUCCUUUUCCCCUUCGAUUCCCGCCCACUCCGGGGACCCUCGGCGCUGGCGAUGUUAUUGCAGGUGCAUUAGGCCGGCCUGCGAAAGGCCGGUGUUGCAGCCGCCGCCGCCGCCGCCGCCGUUCUGCUGCGGGGACCUGGCCUAGGCUAAUGUUCAGUGAUCUUGGGGGCUCGUCAGAGGUAACUGGGAGUUCGGCCACGAUGAGAAUAUCCUAAUGCUACACCUACAGCUCUUAAGUUUGUUUGCCUCCAUUAUAAUACCAACACGUCAGGUUGUGGAAGAAGUGACCCAAUCAGAACAGAAGCUUCAUCACUGCAGCCAAAUAUCUCUCACCUCUAGAGUGAGAAAGCGAAUAUGUCACGUAUUCUAAGCAAAAGAGACAAUUAUAAGAACGAUGCCAUUACAUCAUUUCCUUUAUGGAAAGAAGAAAAUGACAAGGACGACACGUAUGAAGACGCCUUUGAAAUUAUCCCUGCGGCAACAACAAUGGAUCUAGUAUCUUCCCUGGAAGAAUGCACCACUGGGUUGUAUUUGUUUCUCAAUAACAGAUUCUCAGAUGCCAUAAAUCUCAUUUACCCGUGGUCAAAAAACAGCAUCUACCAUGCUCUAGUCAACAGCAUCCUCAUGGUGGUGAAAGCCAUCUUGACUUUUGACCCGCAGGAUAUAGACAUUGGAAUGACUGCAGCCAAAGAAGCGUUGAAAACUUGUAACAGCUUCCGAAGGAAAGGCAGGAUGACUAGUUUCUCUCGUCUAGUGAGUAAGCAGGGCAUAAAGGCUAUCAAAGAAGAGGAGCUGCACGCUGAAGUCUGCUAUGCAGAGUGCCUGAUCUUGAAAUCUGCUGUGACCUUUAUCCAGGAUGACAGCAUGCUUGGCUUUCUUAAAAGUGGGAUCAACAUCGGGUUAAGUUACCAAAUCUACAAAGACUGUCAACAAAUAUUAACACAGAUACCCACCAACCAAAGCAAAACCUCUAGACACCUGGUUGGAGGCGUAAAAUUCGGACUCGGAGCAUUCAAUUUGAUAUUGUCCCUCAUGCCACCAAAGACACUGAAGUUACUCAACGUUGUUGGAUAUCAUGGUGAUAAACAGGUAGCCUUGACUCUGCUUCAUGAGAGUGCCUCUGAAUCCCAUAUCAAUAAUGUCUUAAGUAUUCUGACUCUGCUGUUCUAUUACAGCUAUGCCUGCGUAGCUUUCGAUAUUGAAACAAUUCACUGUUAUCCCAUAGACCAUCUCUUCCUAACUUAUCUCCAGAAAUUUCCAAAGUGUGUCAUAUUCAAAUUUUUUCAUGCACGCAUAAGCAUGCUGAAAGGGAAAUUUGAGAAUGCGCAGUUAGCAUUGCAGGAGUGCAUUUUUAUUCAGAACGAAUGGAAGCAACUUGACCACAUCUGUUACUGGGAACUCAUGUGGUGCCACAUUUUUGUGCAGGAUUGGAAGGAGGCCUACCGCUAUGCUGAUGUGCUGCUUCAAGACAGCAAGUGGUCCAAGGCAGUGUAUUCAUACAGCAAAGCCAUGCUGCUGGCUCUGCUUCCUCCUGGGUUUGCUAAGACAGAAAGCAAGGACAUGAACUCUCUCUUCUUAAGUGUGGAGAGCCAGAGAAUCAAACUUUUAGGCACGUCUGUGCCCAUAGAGAAGUUCAUUGCUGAGAAGGGUCAGCGCUAUGGCAGUACUAAAGGCUGGUUUCUGGCACAGCCCGUCCUGGAAUUCAUGUAUGCCUGGAGUGGUUUCCAAGUCAUGAGCAAAAGACUACACCUGAUUUCAUGCUGGCUUGCAAUAAUUAACCGAGGAGAAGAACUUUUACGAGAAAGACCAAAUAAAGAGUAUGGCACGGAUGACCUAUGUUUGCUAAGUUUACUGAAGGGUCUCUGCCUGAAACACUUGGGCAAAUACGUGGUGGCUGAGCAGUACUUCAGUCGUGUCAUCCAAAAGGAGAAAUUGCUAAAAUAUGACCACUAUUUGGUGCCGUACACUUACUACGAGCUGGGGGUUCUGCACUAUCUGAAAGGAGAUUAUAGCAGUGCCGUGAAAAACCUGGACAACAUAAAGAACUACAAAGACUAUUCCAUGGAAGCCCGCUUACAGUUUAAGACUCAUAUAGCUCUUCAACAAAUAGCUAAAGCAAAGUGAUUUAGAAUACAAAGUGUAGUUUUGUUUACUGUGAGUGAAGUAUCUACAGUCAGCAAGAUAAUUAACAGGCAGGAAAAUAAUUCCUUUGUGGGAGAAAUCCAAGAAGAGACAGCUACUAAGAAUCUGAUGUAACAAGAAAUUCCCUUUCCCUCUUUCCUCCUCUCCAUACCUAUAAAAUGGAAUACCUUACACUGGCAAAUGGAGUGAUGUACAUUACUGAGAAAGAAAAGGCAAAUGAUGUGCAUUAUAAAAGGCUAAGGGCCCAGUGCACCUUGAAGGGAACUGU